AUGGCCAUCUCUGUCAUGGCCAAUGCUCACCUGAAUCAUACAUAUGCAUCUGCUUCUCAUGAAAAAGUGUUAAAAUUCGAACUCAGUGUUGAAGAUUCAUUGGUUCGCUCCAAUCCUAGAAAUGCUCAGGAUGUUAGAGCUCAGGUUGAGGAUGAGGAGUUGGCUAUGAUGAAGCUUAUUGGGUCUGAUGAUUGGGUUGUGGUGCUUGAUGAGAGAGGCCGUGACAUAGAUUCAGAGCAGAUGGCUGAGUUACUUGGGGAUGCAGGAAAUAGUGGAGCUUCGAGGAUAUCGUUUUGUAUAGGUGGAGCUUAUGGACAUGGAAGAGAAGUGAGGAAGCGAGCUAAUGUGAUCAUUAGACUGUCCUCCAUGGUCCUAAAUCAUCAGAUAGCUCUUGUGGUAUUGAUGGAACAGCUUUACAGGGCAUGGACUAUUCUCAAGGGACAAAAUUACCAUCAUUGAUGAUGCAUGAAUCUGUUUUUUGGGUUCUUCUGUUGCUUUCUCCUGUAUAAAGAUACUACAUUACCGAAUAGCUUCUUCGCUGGUAGUUGUAUCAGAGAUUGUUUACUGAACGUCGAACUUUUGCAACCCAAAUUUGCUUUGCUUCUGAUUGAGUUCAGAUUCGGCUCAUUGAGUGGUUUAGCGCCAAGAAAGAACCAAACAGCCCAAACACAAAGAAAGACACUAGAGCUGAGACAAGAUAGGAACCAUUUCAGGCCAAGGCUUAGGCAACGCUACAAGCGGCUCAGCCCUAGCCAUUGCCACACUGAAGGCAGGCCUCAUGUCUAUAUCUUCAUUUUCUACCUUCUCCCACUCAAAACACUGAACCAAUGCUCCAACAACAAGCGACACCAACCUCAUCGCAAGCCCAGCUGCAGGACACGCCCGCCUCCCAACUCCAAAUGGCAAAAACCGAAAACCAUCUCUAUCGCCAACAAAACC